UUGAAGCGGACCCGUUUGACGGGAUGGGACUGUUUUGUGUGCGUGUGUGCAUGUGUGUGUUCCUACUUGCUGUCAUUCCUCCAUGGGAACCAUUGCGGUUGACACAUGAGAGUUGUUUGUUUUCCUACUGUGGUCGUCACUUUGAUGUAAUGGUCAAUAUGUUGGGGCAUUACCGAAGACGAGAGGCCAACCUGGUUGACUGAUCGAUGGUGCGUACUUUGGAAGGACGUCAAAACGCGAUGGCUCAGUUAUCUUUUCCCCAGGAGGACACGAUGGACUUCAAGGCCCUGAGGGCUAGGUUCCAAGAGGAACAAUUUCUUCUGAGUCGGCCCAGGAUGAAACCCACCCUCCCGGAGAAACCCAAGGUGGUCCCUCCUGCCCACAGCCCCACGCAGUACCUCCCGGCAGGGGCCCGCCCCUCCCUGAUCACCUCCAUCAACUGGACCCUGGACAAAAAGACCGUCAUGCCUCCUAGGGUGGUCUUCAAGGAUGAGAAGAAGGAGAGCAAGAAGCCUCUCAUCAAGACGACCUCGACGGAUAAAAACGAGGAGAAUCUUCGGGCCGGCAAAGACAAAAUGACCAAGGGAAGCAAGGUGGCUCUCGAUGAGUAUUCACUGUUUCACAAGCUGAAGAAAGACAGCGAUAAAGACAAGAAGCCCCCGCCGGUGACCACCGCGGAGUUGGUAUCAGUCCCGGCUCUCCCUAAAGUUUCGAACUCCAAGAAGAAAGGUUUCCUGGGUUUAAAAUGGUCUGCGAAAACUAAUCCAGACGAGGUACUAGCAGAUCCCAUCUUGGACGCGCCCACCUUGGACGGUCCUGGACUCGCCCCUCUCAUCCCAAUACCUCCUGAGUUUGCCGAUGUAGAACCAGAGCCAGAAAUUCUUCCACCAAACAUUUUAUCCUUAUCUGAUUCUGAUGUCGCAACACCCGUCUCCCCAGGCUUCACCCCUCCGCCCUCCUUCAUUCCUGAUAUUCCGGCUCCUCACCUCCCGUCGCCAGAGAGUGAAACUCCACUGGAGAUAGAAACUGCUACCCUCCCCGUUUACACAAAUGGUGGUCAAGGUAAAAUGAGCCUACUGCAAACCUCUCAGUCCAUCUACCAGACCAUCUCCAUCCCUCCAUCUGAAGUCCCCUCUCCUACGCUGUCAUCUCCUAAGCCCAAAUAUGGUGUUCCGGGCAGCGUAACGGCUAUCAGUAUAGCAGCACUGCUGAAUCCCCGGACCCCGUCUGUCCUGUCGUCUCUCCCAGCUGAGGGUUCCGCUUCAGCCCUCUCGGCCUUGGAGAGGGCGGAAGACGUGAGCCAAGGGAGGAGGACCGCUGCAGCCGACCAAAGGAUCCUCAAUGCUCUGCAGAAGGCUCGCAGGAAGCCAAACCACAACUCCCAGAAAAACAGUUCCAUCUCCAGUACACCGCCUCCCGAGGAUGUUCACCUACCUCAAAGCCCCAACCGUUUGCUCGCAGACCUCCCACCCAUCGACUUCAACUCUCGGGCCAGACAGCUCAACAGUAUAGAUCCUGGGCAAGCCUUGCCAGCAUUGGAGGACACAUACAAGGAAGGGACAGAAGACGUUCUGCUGGAUGUCUUGCCUCCUCAUCCCAGGAAUGUCCUCCUGGACCGAGCUAGUCUGGGGGUUCCUCCAAAAAAGCCUGCCAAACCUUCCCUCAUCAAAAUCCCCAACUUCAUCCCUCCUUCUCCUCCGAUGCAACACAAUGCAAUCCCAGUGCCUUCCAAAUUACCAGAGAUGAACUCCACCAAUGAGCCACCAUUUGGGGGUAUGGCUCCAGGUGCACCUUCUCCGGAGUUAACAGUGUCACAAGGGGUCAACGGGGACUGCGCGGGUCCAGAUAUUCCAGACGGAAACAAACCUCCACUGUUAUACAGCAACGGUAUAAUGCUGACCGGCCCCAAAGGACUGCCUGUGUUUGCCGACAAUUUACGGGACCAGCCACCCCUGUAUCUGGCAGACUCCCCCUUCUCUACCUCGCUGGAAGGUCAAGCAACGGCAGGGCAUCAAGCUCACAACGGCGCCGGUACGGGAAGCUACUAUGAGAACUUGUACUCUGCUAAAGGGAAGGCAAAAACUGAAGUGGGGAAGAAAAGGAAAGGACCUCCAAAGAAUCCAUAUGCCGAGGCCAACCAGGAAUCUAAUGAAGAGAAUAACAAGACAGGCCGGUUUGGAAAAGUCGACAAGAAGUCCGCUGCGGUGGCGGAGGUGCCCGACGCCAAGGAGCUGAAGAAGCGAGAGAAGCAGAGGCUGGAAAAGGAGAGGAAAGAACUGAAGGAAAAGCAAGAGCGCGAGAAGAAGGAGCAGAAGGAGCAGGAGAAGCGGGCGAACGAGAUGAAGAAGAAAUACAAGAUCACAGGUUACGAGGAGGCCAUGUACCACGCGACGGUCACCGUGACAACCAAAGGACGCAAGGACGACCUGCCCGUCCAGAGCGGCGACAACAUCAGCAUCAUUCGCACGACCAACUGCCCCAAAGGAAAAUGGUUGGCCAGGGACUCCGGCAACAACUACGGCUACGUGGCAGUGGACCAUGUGGAGCUGGAUAUCAAAGAGAUGCUGGAACUGGGAAGGAAAGCGUCCGGCACUCGCGUGAGCAGCCCAAUGGAUGCGAACAUCACCACGACGGGGAUCAGGACUUCCAACCACUACCCGCAAUCAACAGAGAGUUUCUCGGACGACAGCGAGGAAUGGACCGGCGAUGACGACGAGGCUCUCUCCUCUCCGACGGACGCCGCUUCAGUGCGCCACUACCGCGCACUCUCCAUGCCAGACAUGGGAAACGCAGACCUCAACAUUACCCACCAGCACAGUCGCAGUGACAUCAGCGCCGGCGGCCCCAAUGUCCAAGCCAAUAAUGAAGCACUUCAAAAGUUGGCUACAUUUUUCCAUUCGCCCGAUGCUGUGCAACCACCUGCCAGGAGGCGCGCUGAACCAGAAACAAGGCCUGUGCUUGGCAGCGGCCACGCCGUUCACACCCACAGGCCUCACCCAAAGGGUCCUGAAGAUCCAGAUUUACUCAUUUUACCUCCUCCAGAACUCUACGCCGACGAUAGCGAGUAGAAGGAAACGGUAAGGCGGGUGACCUUUCUUCAAACUGUGACACCUUUGGCGUUUUGGUAGUUGUUUUGAAAUUUUUUUUGAAUCAUUUUGAAUUUGAUAGUGGACCUUUUUUCCUUUUUUUUUUUUUUUGGACUUCUUUGUGUUGCGAACCCAGACGACGGGUAAUUUGAACUCUGAACUGCUGAUUCCCGGGGGGGGGGGGGGUGCGACAUAACCACAAUCGGAUCAACUUCCAGGUCCCUGUCUAGCAUUUACCAGUUUGCAGUGUUUAAGCCUAUGAGAAAAUAUAAAAGAUAUAAUCAUAAUAACUAGGUAUUAUCCUUUGCUGCUAUGUUCCUCCCUUAACAUUUGGCCAAAUGUCAUCUGUAAACUGUUUUAGCCUCACCUCCGGAUGUGUAUCCACUUAGGCCACAAUAUUAGGCACACCGCGGAGCUAAAGCGGGGUACACAAACAACUUUGAGCAUUUUUCCUCUCUUGCAAAACACAGGCGCAAUUGAUAUCUCUGAAAAUGUAUCCUGAAUUAUUAUCCUGUGGUGUGGGGUGUGAAUAGAGUGAUUUUUAACUUAAUCAGGUUAGCCACCCUUCAGGGUUAAUCAGAAACACCAAAUUUGGCUGAGCCAUGUGACGUAAAAAAAGAACGAUAGCCAAUUAGGAAGCUUUAAGUGUGCUAUACACACAAGCAAUUUUUACAUAGUGAGAAAGCCCACACGAUUAGCAAAAAAUGUACAGCGUGCCUACUGUUCUUAUCGUGUGUGGUGUACUGUGGAUGACCAGCACAGCACACCACAAACAGAACGAUUUGCAAUCGUAAAUAUUGAACAGGUUAAUAUUUACAAUAGUCGCUUCUGACCUUUUCUGAGCAGAUCGUGGAAAAGUCACUUUUAACACACCCCCACCACAGGAUAAUCACUCAGGAUAAUCUUCCAGAGACAACCGACAAGCAGGCAUUUGCAGAUUUUGAUCGGAAGGAAAAAUGAUCAAAUUAGGUCCAAUUAUCGGUACGUGUGUAAAGUGGGGUACCCCAGACCACACGAUGAUCACACUGGAUAAUCCUUUAGAGAAAUUCAACAAUCAGGUCUUUGCUAACUUUGAUCAUAAAGGGGGAUUAUCAACUCAAUAAUUGGAAUGUUAUGUACACCACUUAAACAAAAUUGCCGGUUUAGAUUGUUCAGGUGAGCUUAAUGUUUAGGCUAUUAUGAAUAUGCAAAAAUACAACAACACUUCCGUUAAGAUGGUGAAUGGUGAUUUUAAAACCAAAUCAUCUAAAAAGAUCAUCGUACUCGCUUUUAUUUACGCACCUUCCAUCCCUCAAAGUGACAAAAUAUCAGUCAAAACACAAUACAGUACAUCUCCCUUUUGUACGUUUGUUUAUUGUCAUUAUUUGCUUUCAAUAAAUACUCUUUAAAGUGCAAACAAUCCUAACAGCUACUCCACGCAAUGCAUGAUGAGAUCAAUCCGAAGCCUCCACAAUCUGGUAGCAACACACACACACACACACACACACACACGGGUGUGUUUGCGUUGUGUACCUCCAUCUAGUUUGACACACAUUAUAAUAGUUUACAUUGUCAUGUACAGUGCUGUCUACAGCAUCAAAGCAAAAAAUGCUGACACUGUUAAUUUAUUGUUGGUGUCGUGCGGGUGCAGUUGCACCUGCCUUCCAGCGGGGGCGUGCUUUCCCCGCCUAAAAGAGUACAAUAUGUCGAGCGCCGCAAAUGACAAAAAGAUCAGUAAAGGGUUUUACGUGUUUAAAGGACACAUUAUUAUUAUGAGCUGCAUGUAAGCGAUACAAAUGGUUACGAAAACAAAUAAAUGAAGCAAUUACGGGAUGAAAGUCAAUAUCUAUAAAGAAGAAAAGUCUACAUUUUAAUUUGUGAGAAUAAAGGGAACGUCAUAAUUACAACUCGUAAUAUUAGGGAGAAAAGUUGUAAUUGUACAGACGUGGAGAAAACAAUCCUAAUUAUAAUAUUCUUAUUGUGAUAAAAAUAAACAACUUUUGCAAUCUAGUGGUGCCUUGACUUUGGAGUUUAAUUCAUUCCAGGACUGCGCCUGUAACUUCAAAACACUUCACUUUUGAAGUGAAUGGAAAUGCCAUUAAUCAGUUCCAGCACCACAUUGUGCGCCUUCUGGUCUGUGCGCCUUGGCCACUAGGGGGCGGUAUAGUACAGACAUACACGUUUUACAACUGACUCAAUAAACUGCACUAAUUCUUUUUUGCAGAGGAUAAAGAAUAGAUGCCUGUGAGUAUUGUCAAUAUCCAGUGCUUCGAGGGUUAUUAGACUGCAACAUUGAUGCUACUGAUUAGCCUGUCAAUAGCAUUUUGCAUUUUGUCUUUGAAUUAAGCUAGCAGACUUUCCUAAGGCAAAAUGAUGUCAUCGUUUUGAAUGCACAGCCUGCAAUUCUCUUUCAGUUUGACGAUAAACUUCGACUGGGAGUGGGCUUAACACAGUUUGAUACCUCUUUUAUGAAGAAUUGUUGACUCCCCGUUGUGAAGUGGGUUGAGUUCACUGCCACGAACUCACGCUCAUUUUUACACAGAGGUCAAUGCAAAAAAAAAAAAAAAAAAAAAAAAAGGGAGUGGAA